CGGUGCUCAGACAGCGCGACAGCUCGAGUCGUUUCUUUUUUUAGGCGAACCGACUGCGCGCCCAGUUGCGAGAACAGACCGAGGCAGUCACAGCAGCGGAGAAUGAAAAACUGCAGAGUCAGCAUACGAUCGAAGAAGAAAUUCUCAAGGCAGAACACCGCCUCGAGCUAGCCAAGGUCGCAGCUGUAGGUACACACCCGCGACGAGGGCGGAAACGCAUCGCGGCCGGGAGACAGACGAGAAAGAGACGAAACACAGAGGGAUGAAGACGAUAAAUGGAAGACGAUAAAUGGAGAUGCUGGCGGCCUGAACAGUCUCUGAAACACACAGAUUAUCGCAGAUGCCUCUACGUGAACGCGUAAAGAGUGCCAAAGCUCCGGAAGCCGUUGCAGCCGGAGAGGGGCGGUGAAGGGCGAUCUGCGAGUCAACGCGCUUUCCAGAAGUUCUUUUCUGGGGGAGGUGGAAGCAAAGACAGACAGCUUUUCGACGAUGGACCAAGGAACAAAGAAACUCACCAAAUAUGCGCAAGCACUCGACGCAGUUGAGUCGAAGUGCCUCUCGCUCUUUUCACACUCUGACGGCAAUUACCAAGCUACACACGCUCUCCUCGUGCCUCGUUUUUUCUUCUCGUUUCCUCUUUCUUCCUCCUUUGUCCUCCUUCUCUCCUUCUUCCAUGUGUGUUUCUUCUGUUUCCUUUCAUCCUGUCCUGCUUCUGCCUUCCCCGUCCGCAUUUCUUGGUCGCUCGUUCUUUCUCGUUCUACUUCGCGCUUCGCUUUCGCUCCUCUCCUUCUCUGCCUUCCAGUUCCCCUCGCUGUAUCCCUCUCCCCGGUCUCUCUUUUCUGCGUCUCUCCUCCUUUUCCUCACUUGGUUCUCCUGCCUUGCUUCCCCGCCUUCUCGACACUGUCGUCUGCAGAGAGCAGUCGAUGAAGAGCGGCAUCGCCUCGCCCUGGAGGCGGCGAGGAGGAAAGCGAAGAUUUCGAGUCUGCAGAGCAAGUACGCCGUCGUAGUCCAGAAAGUUCAGCCGGAGGAGGGCGAGGGCCGCGGCGAGAGGUCUCAGGCGUAUUACAUCAUCAAAGCAGGGCAGGAGAAGGAGGAGCUUCAGCGCAUCGGCGACGAGCUCGAUCAGAAGAUCCGCGACGCAGAGGGCGAGAGUCGGGGUCUGUCUCGGACUCUCGAGCAACUGCGGUCCGCGAACUCUCGCUUCCGUCGUGCUCUCAGCGAAGAGUCUUCGUUUGUUCAGCAGCAGCGCGCGUCGCGAGACCAGUUGGAGAAGCGAGUGAAGGAGGCUCACGACGCGGCGUUUGAGAAGAAACAGCAGCUUCGGAGUCUGCAGGAGGAAGUCGAUGCCGAGCGAGGGAGGAAGGCGGAAGCCGAGAAGUUCCUGCAGGCUCUUCUGUGUCGCAAGCAGGCACUGUUGGCAACGCUCAAAGGACUGCAGAGAGAUGUUCGCGCCCAGGAAGAGAAGCUGCGGCGAGCCACAGAUCGCCACAAGGAGGCGGUAAAAGUCGCACGAAAGAAAAAGAUUCUGCCGCAGGCAAAGACAGACGUUUCUCGACCUGCUUCUCCACCUUCCUCCCUCGGAUUCGACCCUGGCUCUCAAACGAAUCUGGAAAUGGAGCCGCAUUUGGAGAGCCUCAGAUACCACCUCCAGGCUCUGCGACAAGCGCUUGCUGCAGCGCUCGAGGAAGUUGGAGGCGUCCCCGAGGAGGUGAAAGCUGCUCUGGGUGCUCAUGGAGUCCACUUGUCUUCUCGUCCUCCGUCUGGGUUCUCCUCCGCUCCGAGCAGCUGCGGCGGAACCCCGCAGAGUCUCUCGAGACCAGGUGCAAGUCGGCAGGAAGACUCCCUCGAUUUGCUUUCGCAGUCUUCGUCGCCAUCUUCAUCUGUUCCUUCUCCACUACCCUCUCCCUGCUCGAAAGAAAAACGACCUGGAGUGCCUGUGACGCCCGUAUCGCUGCCGCCGCCGGGCGUCGACACACUCCAGCUGGGGAAUCGCGGCUCUGGGUUUCCUGAACCGCGGGGCGUCAGGAAGGCGCGUUCGUUUUCUUCUGGAACGGCUGCUCUUCCACGCGUGGAGCUUGCCGCUUCUCGGGGCAGUUGGUCCGGUGCCCGAGCGCGAGAAAAGGAACCAGAGAAAGUGCAGGAAAACAAAGAGGAAAAGACGCACAGUGGAAGCGGUGUCGAUUUGCGACCUGGGGUUUGACAGGGAAUGCGAGGGCGAAACAGGAGGAGACGACCUGCCGAGAGAAACCGAAAGAGAAGCGACAGCCAGAAAAUGAGAGGAAAGAACAGAAACCAAUGCACUCGAAGUUGGAAACGUCUAGAAACGCACAAGUGAACUGACGCCUCUAUAUUUUGCCAUAUUAUACAUGUUUCUAUGCAUAGUACGGCAUGUUUGUGAAUGCUGUGAAUUCGUGCGAGUCUGGUUUUAGGGGUAUCCUUGUCGCGCGAACGAUGGCAAAGUGCCAGUUCGCUUCGUUAAUGGAGUCUUUGAAAUUGGAAGAUACGCCUCACUAGAGAGAUGUCGGUUUCCGCGAGAUUUUUAGAGGAGUUUCUUGACAAGCGUUAUCUGUGCUUGCAAGCGUUCUGAGGGAAGGCGGAGAGGGGCCAGAAAGGAGGUCGGAGAUCGCGCUUGAGCUGUCUUCUGUAAGGAAAACGCGGACGAUGCUGUUCAACUUGCUUCUGCCUCAGAGCGCGCCUCCAACGCAUGUCACGUGGAAUAUUCCCGCGACAAAGAAACAGAUUUUCUAGAGACCUUCCCUCGAGUGUCGCGCG